CGAGUGAGAGAACCGCAGGCACCGAGCCAGAGGGCGGCAAAGCGAAGAGCGAGGGUCGGUAGUGUCCGUGUGAGCGCGCUGUACCCCGGGACGCACCGAGCUACUGCCAUGAUGAAUGGUUCAAAUAUUGGCAACAACACAUCUAAUGCCAAAUCAAACGAUGACAAGGUUGUAAACGGCCAUGAUGAAAAUGAAAACAAUCCCUUUGCUGAAUAUAUGUGGAUGGAGAAUGAAGAGGACUUCAACAGACAGGUGGAGGAGGAGCUGCAGGAACAGGAUUUUCUAGAUCGCUGUUUCGAGGAGAUGUUGGACGAAGAGGACCUGGAUUGGUUCAUUCCAUCCCGUGACUUGCCGCAGGGUGUGGGACAAUUGCAGCAGCAGUUAAAUGGGCUGACAGUCAAUGAAAAUCACAGUACAGAGGACAUAUUGAGCAAAAGCAGCCUGAACCCUGAUGCCAAGGAAUUUGUUCCGGGAGUGAAGUACUGAACAUUAUGGGCAACUUUUAAAACAAUAAAAACACACAAAAAAACAAAAACAAAACACAAAAAAGACUGUUUCCUUAAAUCUUCAGGACAAAAAGCUGCACAGCGAAAAUGGGAGGGGCUUGGGGAGGUGGUAAAUAAGUGAUGCUUUAGCUCGACACUGACUCGACUUCGAUGUGGAAUCAUGCAUUUUUUUUUCCUUCGUUUUAAUACUCCCCUCCCUUCCUUCCAACAUCCACUUUGGUGUUAUGCUUGUUGGACAAUUCUUUUUUUGUUUUUCCCCCAUGAAAAGGGGCAGGAAAUCGUCAUCAAAAGACCGUAUGCUGUUUUAUUUUCAACUGGAAGAUUCUUAAGUGUCGCAAAUCUUCCUCCUUCCCAACAGUCAUUCAUCCAACAGCCCAACACACAAAUAGCGGCUGAAUCAUAAGCAAUGGGAUAUGAGAAGAGGAAGAACGGAAGGCUUCCAGAAUCCGUAUUAUUCCUUGUUAGUGCCAUGAAGAUAUCCGGUAUUCACAUCAUGGUGUUUUGGAGAGAAAAAAAGGUUCCUGCCGAGCAUGUUCUCUUCCAUUGCCAUUUAUUUUAAAGAAAAUCCAGAACCAUCAGCUGUUUGUAUUGUUCUAGGAUACAGGAAAAGGAGCCUUCAUGUUGCACAAAGCUGAUUCCAUUAUGCACAGCCAGAGAGAGAAGAUUCCACAAAUCUUGUCUGCCCAUUGUAAUUAUGCUGCAACUUGUAAAACUUUUUGUUUUGCUUUCGGAUAGUGCGAUUAGUCAGAAUUCGACACUACAAAAAGAAAAAAAAAAAAAAAAUUAUUCACGGCUAAAAGAGCAGAAAAUCUGGGGCCGUUAAAUGACGCUUUAUUGAAUGUUACUGUGGGUAAGUUUAAUUAAGUCACUGCCACAGAGAAAGCCGUCUUGGAAGCCGGCAGUGGUUAGGUAAAAUUUCCUUUGCUUUCAAACCAUUACAGUGUUGACUUUCUCUAGGUCUUUAAAAGUAGGCAUGGAUUUUUUUUUUUUUUUUUUUUUUUUCAUUAAUGAAACCCUCUGUUUUAUCUGGAAGUAACGUGCAUUUAUUAGCACUUCCAGCCAUACCAUGCCUUUCCACCAGGGGGCAGUACAUGAGUAACUUCAGUCCAUACAGUAUGCGAGUUGGCUCCAUUCUAAAGUACGAAACAAGUCUGUCACAUAAGCUAUAUCUUUUAAACUGCCUCAAGAAACAUACUGUUUUUAUGGAAUGAUGUGGAAUAAGUCACAGUAAAAUAAAGCAGCCUGAUCAUUGUAAAUGUCUGUCUGUGUAACGAGUGCUUUUGUUGUUGUACUCCUUGAAAUUCCUCUUGCUUAUGAAUAUCCUAUCAUGCCUCGGGCCAUAUAUAAAAAUACCGGACAGGCCAAGCUGCCCACUAUGGUAGAGGGAUUCAUGACUGAGAGAAAGAGGCUGAUGUUGGAGGUUUUUAUAGGACAAAUAGCACAAGUGCUAAUUUAGAGGCAGAGGCAUGGACUCUGGGAAGCAGCUGGUGGCUGACGAGAAAUCUCUUCUAUUGCAAGAUCUGGUCCUUUACUCACAAAGUAAUGUCUGUGUUUAUAAAGCACCACAAAUGUACCCAGAGCUUUACAUGAUGUAAAUACAAGUGCGGGGGUCAAUUCGAAAUGAGACAGUGGAAAUAAAUACUUGUGUUCCAGCACUGUUAACAUCAAA